AUGAGGGGGGGCCACCCUGGUUCCAAGGGGCCGGAGCUGCAGCAGGCGCUGGCAGCCCGGGACGAAGCCAUCCUGCGCCGUGACGGCCGUAUCCGUCAGCUGGAGCUGGAGAAUCAGCAGCUCCGGAGCCACGUCCGCAGCCUGGAGGAGGAGAACGACCUGCUCUCCUCCGGGGGUGGCCGCAGGGGACCCUUGGCCACCGCUGCCACCACUGCCACCGCCACCAGGACCCUGCUGGCCUCGGGCACCGGCUGCAUUGGCGUCAGUGACAGCAACGUCCAGUUCCUCAAGGGGCUCGUGGGGCUGCUGGAGAGCGACGCCGCCGCGCAGGUUGGGGGCCUCCAGCCCUUCUCCACUCCCAGCUCCGGCGAGCAGGGCUGCGCCCCGGCCGAUGUCCCGCGGAGCCCCCCGGCCUGGCGGCUGCGGGCAGGGCUGCCUGGCAGCUUCCCCCCCUGCCUGGGCACUGAGGAGGGGGCUGGCAGCCCAGCCGCGCUCACCGACACCGCCUGCCUCUGGGAGGAGAGCGGGGGGGACACGCUGCCUGACGGCACCCCGCUCUGGGCCUCACCCGUCGAGGAGAACGGGAGGCCCAAACUGGAGCUGGUCCCCAACUCGGGGGUCUACAUCACCCACCCGCAGCUGGACGACCUCUCGCAGGUCUCCACUGACAAGCCCAAGCUCAUGACCCGGCGGCUGCUCGAUUACUUCUUCUCGCGGGAGACGCUGGCCCGGUCCUCGGCCACGGGGCAGCGCAUCGCCCACAACAACACCACCAUGGAGCGGCCCCUCCGCCUGCCCGUGGCCGUGGUCAACGCCAUCAAAGAGUACGUCACCAAGAUGUGCGGCCGCGGCUGCAACUUCAACGCCGUCAUCAACAGCAAGUGCGGCACGUCCCGGCGGGCCGUCAAGAAGAUGGUCGUGAAGAUGGAGUGA